GUUUUCUUUGUAUGUAUGGAUUACUUGGGUUGUUACCAACAUCUGGUGAAAAUAUCAAGUCAACAGCACCUUUAGAAGUAUAUUUACUGGGAAAAAUUGUGACGUUCAAUACAUAUUUCACCCGCUGAAUAAUAUUUAAGUUCAAAAUUUAGUUUUUCAGCCAUUUUGACAGCCCUAUAGAGCCUUAUGCAUCAGACGUUCAGCCAAGGGACCGUGGACGUGACAUCUUACAGCUCCAGACGAUCUCGUUCAGGUUCGGAGGUGUUCACAUCAGUAUGUCCGGCGACGCACAUCACAGUAGAAGACAACGCUCCCCCAAAAUGUACAUGGUAGCAUCCGACUUCAAAGUGCAGGACCAUCUGGAAGGAACCAUUCGGCUGCAGCGGGGGCAUCUGUGUCAGCAGCAGGAGGGAGGAGCGCACCGGAGCUCCAGAGGAGAACACAUCUGGGUGAAGGUGAUUGAUAAAGACUGCGUGGUGAAGGUGGAGAGGCAGGCUCUCAAUGAAGUCCCAGCUGAUCUCGCCGGUCUCCUCGAACCCGUGCUUGACCUCGAGGCCCGUGUCAAGCUGCUGUCCAGGCCGCAGAUCCUGCAGCGAAUGGCUUCGCUAGUGCUGGGGUCAGAGGUGAGGGUCAUCUGGAGCCGCAGCCAAUCAGAGCUCGCAGAGGCUGAGCUUCGUUACAGAGGGCCGCUGACGAGGGGAAGCUCCGCCGUUUAUUUUGGGGUUCAGCUGAAAGGAUGGGCGGCAGGCCGGGGGAAAUGCAAUGGCAGCUAUAAAGGGCAUCAGCUGUUCAUGUGUCCGGAGGGCUGCGGUCUGUUCCUGCCGGUCAGCGAGGUCACGCUCCCUCGGUCGUCCGGCAUCAGUGUCCUGUCCCGCGCCGCAGAGUCCGUCCCGCAGCCGCUCGCCGUGGGUCAGAGAGUCUGCUUCACACAGGACCAGAGCGUCCAGCGCGGGACCGUCCAGUUCUGCGGGCCCCUGCCCAGCCGGGCCCCGGCCACGCUCUUCGUGGGACUUCUGCUGGAUCAUCCAGCGGGAUUAUGGGAUGGAUAUUAUAAAAACACCAAACUGUGCUCCAUCUCUUCACCUGAGUUUGGAGCUUUACUGCCCCUCUCUAAAGUGACCGCAGAAUGUAGAUCUGAGCGGUCUCCUCUGGCUGUAACGAGUCCCAAACCGCUCCCUAAAGUGCCUCUGCUGCUGGUCCCCAGUAAAGCGGCCCCGCAGCCGUCCUCGGUCAGCAGAGAGCCGUCCUCGACGCCGGAGACGCGUCCGCUGAUCCAGCCCUCGAUGCUGGAGACGGCCAGAAGAGCCCUGCAGCCUCCGUCCUCCUCCGGCCCUAAAGCAGCUCUGAGACCUCCUCCUCUCACCACAGCCAAACCUGCUCUGCUGCCGCCCACCGGUCCACAGGCCCCGCCCCUGACCCCGCCCACCGACCAGCCACGUCCCUCCAACGGCUUCCACAACCUGCCAUCUCCACCAAUCGCUGAGCAGAGGGCGGAGCCUGGCCCCUGGCUGGAGGUGGGGUCUAUGGUGGAGGUGAAUGACCCGCCCAUCUUCGGAGUCAUUCGCUGGAUUGGACAAAUCAACAACGUCCCAGAACCAGUGGCUGGAAUCGAGCUGGAUCAGGAGUUGUCCGCCGCUACGGAUGGCAGUUAUCUGGGUGAGCGUUACUUCCGCUGUCCUGCUAACAAAGGCCUGUUCGUCAAGCUGAGGAACUGCAGACGUGACUCCAGGUUUCCUGAGCCGGAGCUGCCCAUCAAUCAGGUCGAUCGCUGCAACUCCAUCGCGUUUGCUAACUGGAGCAGUAAGCGUGUGGAGGAGCACACACCUCCUCUGUCCGGUCCAGACGCCCGUCUCGCGUAUGAGGGCUUCAAGAAGGGCAUCCAGGGUCACCUCAACUCCUGCUACCUGGACGCGUCUCUCUUCAGCAUGUUCUCGUGCUGCAGCUCGUUCGAUUGGCUGCUGUUUUGGCCGACUGGACCUCAGAACAAUCCCAUCAGUCAAAGCGCUCAGGAUCUGCUGCGCUGCGAGAUCGUCAACCCUCUGAGGCGGUACGGAUAUGUGUGUGCCAGUAAAACCAUGGCCUUACGCAAACUACUGAAAGCAGAAACCGCAGAUUCAGGAUUCACCAACGAGGAGAAAGAUCCAGAGGAAUUCCUCAACCAGCUUUUCCUGCUUCUCCGGGUCGAGCCGCUGCUGAAGAUCAGGUCUGUGAGUCAGAAGGCGCAGGAGUGUUUCAUCUAUCAGCUCUUUCCUCCGUCCGUCUCUCUGUCGUCUCCUCCGGUGUCUCCGGUUUCUCCCGCUCUCUCUCCGCUGGUGUCUCCGGGGCUCCUGCGUGUGUCCAGCGUCCAGACGCUGCUCGAGUCCUCCUUCAUGCACUCGGGACUCAAGCUCACGGAGGCUCCGUCCUGUUUGCCGCUGCUGAUGCCCAGAUUCGGUAAAGAGUUCAAGAUGUUUGAUGCCAUCCUGCCCUCUCUGAGCCUCGACAUCACCGACCUGCUGGACGAGACUCUGCGUCAGUGCAGUAUCUGUCAGUCGGUGGCGCAGUGGGAAUGUCUGCAGUGUUACGAGGAUGUUGACAUCACACCUGGACAGUUAAAACAGUACUGCAACACCUGUAACACACAGGUUCACGCUCAUAAGAAGCGUCAGAUGCACCGGCCAGUGGAGGUGCGGGGGCCCCGGGGCUGCUGGGAAGGGCCGGUUCACGGGGCCCGGCAGCUGAUGGAUCUGUUCGCAGUCACCUGCAUCGAGACGAGCCACUACGUCAGCUUCGUCAAACACGGCCCCGGGGCCACGGACUGGCUCUUCUUCGACAGCAUGGCCGACCGAGAGGGAGAAGAGAACGGCUUUAACGUGCCGCAGGUGCGCUCGUGUCCGGAGGUGGGCCGUUAUCUCAGUCUGUCUGUGGAGGAAAUCUCUCGUCUGGACGCCUCGUCGCUCAGAGAUCCUGUCCGCCGUUUACUGUGUGACUCCUACAUGUGUCUCUACCACUGCCCACAGCUCUCGCUCUACAAAUAACACAAACACAGUCAGGAGGAAAAUACGCCUCUGUAAAUAGUGAUUUUUGAAAAGAUUUUUAACAGAAUGCUGUCUAUGUUUUUGUAUGUUUACAGAUGUAAAUGUUAAUUUUUAUAAAAAGAAACUGUAUUCUCAUG